AUGGAUCGAAAUAUCGACCCAAAGAAGCAACUCCACCUCAAUUUUGGUGGAAUAGGCGGAGGCAGCGGCUAUAACAAUGAUCGGAACUAUACACCUACUAACGAGCGUGUCUUUCCAACCACACCUUCCAACUUCCCUCACUCAGUCUUUCCCGGCGGCCAGGCCGCCAAUGAUUACGUCGGUGCCCAGAUUCAGAGCCCUUACGGCGGUCCAAAUGGCAGCUACUUCCCCACGGGCGGAUACCAGGCUCAGUACAGCCAGCCUCAGACAUCGUACCAGCAACCGAACCAGUACCAGUACCAGCCUCAGCCUCAGCCUCAGCCCCAGCCUCAAUAUCCGCAACCAAAUGUCCUAGCUCCGCAGCCAUCCUAUCAGCAACGUCAGACUGGCUACAAUGCCAAUGAUCCUACUUCCGGCCUCGCACGCCAAUUCUCGAACCAGAAUCUUGGAACACCUCAGCGUCAAGCAAGUCCAUUCGCUCGUCAACAAUCUCCGAGUUCGAGAUUAUACCCAAACGGUCAACAGAAUCAGGGCCAGCUGGCUCGUAACCAGCACAACUUUACCUCCAACCAGUCGAAUAAUUCGGCCACGUUGGCGCCUUCCUUGUCGAAUGGCACCCUCUCAGGAGCUUCUCUGUACAGUGCUCCCCCUGAGGAACAGCCACCGGAAAAGAACCCAGAAAAAUACUCUUCCAACGUCGUGAAGCGCGGCCAGGGACUGCACGCUCUGGUCGAAUCUUUCUUCAAGGAGAACAUCUCUCGUGCUCGUGAUCGAAAUGUUCGCGCUCGGGAGCUUGAUGAGUUCCUGAAGAGUGAUAGGCACUCUGAGCAAGAAAAGAUCCGUCAAAAUGAGAAGGCUGGCAGUGCUGAAGCGCGAUACCUUCGUUUCCUCCGCACCAAAGAAGAACCCGAAAACUUUAUAACGGUAAAGAAGAUUGGUAAGGGUGCAUUUGGAGAGGUGAAGCUCGUCACCCGUAUAACAGACGGCAAGAUCUACGCGCUGAAGUCACUAAACAAAGCCGAGAUGUUCAGGAAAGACCAGCUUGCACAUGUACGUGCAGAGCGCGAUAUCCUGGCCGAGUCUGACAGUCCAUGGGUCGUCAAGCUAUACACGACAUUCCAGGAUACGAGCAAACUCUACAUGUUGAUGGAGUUCUUGCCAGGAGGGGAUCUUAUGACUAUGCUCAUCAAGUAUGAGAUCUUCUCCGUUCCGAUAACGAGAUUCUACAUUGCCGAGAUCAUUCUUGCCAUUGAAGCUGUACACAAGCAUGGCUUUAUUCAUCGUGACAUCAAGCCAGACAACAUACUUCUGGAUCGUGGUGGACACGUCAAGCUCACGGACUUCGGUCUAUCCACUGGCUUCCACAAGGAACACGACAACUCCUACUACCAAAACCUGAUUAAGGGAACUUCGAACAAGGCUCGCGACAAUCGCAACUCACUCUCGCUAGACCAGCUCAAUAUCACUAUGAGCCGCCAAGCGAUCACGACAUGGCGCCAAUCUCGUCGUCGCAUAGCUUACUCCACCGUUGGUACCCCCGACUACAUCGCUCCUGAGAUCUUCACUGGCCAAGGCUACUCCUUCAGCUGUGACUGGUGGUCCGUCGGAGCUAUCAUGUUUGAGUGCUUGAUCGGCUGGCCUCCAUUCUGUGCCGAGGAUGCCCAUGACACCUACCGAAAGAUUGUCAACUGGAAGCAAACACUGUACUUCCCUGAAGAUAACCCGAUGGCUGACGACCCCGCUAACCGUAAUUCGUGGCCUAUCGCGGAGGAGUGCAUCCGGAGCAUGCUUUGCGACGUCCAAGACCGUCUCGGCUCUCAAGGCGGUCCGGGUGGCAGUAUCGAAAUCAAAGCACACCCCUUCUUCCACGGUGUUGACUGGAACGGUCUCCGCUCCAUCCGCGCUCCCUUCGAACCAAACCUCAAAUCCGCCACUGACGUGUCCUAUUUCCCAAUCGACGAUAUUAAUCAAAAUGACGAUUCUGCACUAGUCCGUGCCCAAGCCGAGUCUCUAGACGACCAGCAAUCUGCUGACAUGGCGUUGCCAUUCAUUGGGUACACGUUCAAGAGGUUCAAGGGCAUGAAUGAAGCUUGA